UUUUUUUUUUGUGGAUGAUUGCCGAAAUUCCCUUUCUAGUCCCACUAAGCACUUUUUUCAUUUUUCCGCUUUGACUGUCCGCGCCAUUGCUGAUUUGGAAUCUCUCAAUUGAAGUGGUCAUGAAUAACACUCCACCGGAAACGCCUCAUUCCCUUCAUAGUCCCAAUCGUAAAUCGACGUUUUCCUCUGCAAUAUCGGUCACCGGCGGAUUACCCACUGUUGAUUAUCCACAACCCCGUCGCACAACAGGUGAAGCUCUAGCUUCACUGGUCGGCGCAUCGCUGACCAUCGCCGAUGACACCGUCUAUUUGUUUGGUGGGUUCGAUCAGUACAGCGACGAAGUGUACAAUUCCCUAUACAAACUGAACACCAAAAACGAUCAAUGCGAAUGGGUGCGCGUAUUGUACACCAAAGGCCGAUUGCCAUCGAAACGCAACGAUCACACUGCCACACUGUGGAACGAUAACAAGCUUGUCAUAUUCGGUGGCUACGCCGAAGAGGACGGACGUUACUGUAACGAUGUCGCCAUUCUCGAACUAGACACCAUGACAUGGGUUCACCCGCCGACGUACGGUGAACAACCGGCAGGACGAGUACGACACUCGGCGACCAUUUACAAGGACAAACUUUACAUCGCAGGAGGCUUCACAGUGACCAACCAGAUUCCAAAUUUCGCAGAUACCCUGCUUAUUCUCGAUUUGACAACGUGGGAGUGGCAAACACCGAUCAAGUUUGUACGUCGAUCGCAACAUACCACGUUCAUGUAUAACAGCCGACUGUAUCUGUUUGGUGGGUUGAAGGAGGAUAUGAGCCGAUCCAAUCAUUUGUCAUUCAUAGAUCUCGAACAAUACAAUGUAACGCAUUUGGAGAUUGAUUCUCCGUCUGCACCGCCGUUGACAGGUCAGCGGUUUUCACAGAUCUGUGGAGAUCAGCUCAUUGUUGUUGUCACACAGCCUUACACUCCCGUGACAAAGGAUGCACUGAAUACGGGGGUCUGGUGCUUGGAUUUUUCUUCCAUGCAAUGGCAGUAUCACGAGUUGGGAGGAAGGUACAAUGGGUGCCACUGGACAUGUUUUGCUAUGGCGGAGCAUGGCACAUCUUUUUACCUUUUUGGUCCAGCUGAUGACGAACCUGAUGAAUUCUACGCCAUGGCGUUGCGAGUCGAUAUCAAAGAACUGGGUCUUAUUCCCGUGCCACCGUCUCAACUAGGUUAUGAUCUUGCCACUUUAUUGUCCCGUCAAUCCCAGUGCACCGAUUUUGCAUUACGCUCCAGUAGCCAGCCUGAAGCCGGGGAAAUUCGAGCUCAUCGACUUGUGCUUUUAGCUCGCUGGCCAUAUUUCCUGCACAUGAUGAACUCCAAUAUGAUGGAAUCCGUCAGCAACACUCUCACCCUCCCGGAACCCUUCUCGACAUUGGAAAGCUUUGUACAAUUUUUAUAUACAGAUACAAUCGACGAUGCUGUACCCGACACUGUGGUCGCCGAUCUCAUGGUCAUGGCCAAUAUAUACAUGUUACCGCGACUGCUGGCCUUAUGUGUCCGACGACUGCAACGCCAUAUAGACGUAGAAAACGUGAGUAAAAUCUAUCAUUGCGCGGGUUUGGCUGCACAGCGAGCAUUGCAACACACAGCACUUCAGUUCAUUUUCCGCUAUUUUGGUGCCGUGUCCCGAACCAAAGAAUUUCGAGCCUUGCCACGCGAGAGCUUAUUUCAGGUGUGGGAUGAAAUGCCGUACGACGCUAUGAUUGUGGGUGACGGACAGGAAGACGUGUCAAGACAGAUAAAAGGCAAUCAAAUGAACGGACAGCAUGAAACGGGUCAAGCCGAUAUAGAAGUGGAAGAAGACGAAGAACUAGAGGAAGAAGACGACGAGGGGGCCAACAGUCCCAUGGAGUCAUAGGAAAAAAAAACUCCUCACCUCAAAAAAAAAGUGAUUCAUAUAGGCGCAUUAUUCUCUAUUUACCAUGUAUACUUCAUCCUACAUUCAUUUCUCUUUCAAAACACUUUGUCAUAUACAUCAACAGUUUUCUCUUGAUUUUUGUCCCUAAAUUUUUGACCUAAAAUUCGCUUUGCACUUUGUGAAAAUUUGUGGGCCACUCAGUCCAUAAAAUUUCAAACACCGACGGUCCGGGC